AUGCUUGAUGAGGAGGUGCUGCAGAGCAUUAUGAUGACUUGCAUCAUCCUCCACAACAUGAUUGUGGAGGAUGAGUAUGAUUAUGAUGAUCCAGAGGUGUUUGAACCUGAUCUCAUGAACAAGGCAUUAACAAGAAUUUAUGAAAGCCUGAUGGGACCAAAUGGACAACCAAUGGAGCACGAAUCAUUAAUUCGGGAUGAUGGUCGAUACAACAACCCCAUGAUUGAUCGUUAUCAAGAAAUGAAAUCUUCAUAUGUUCACGAGAGACGUCAAGUUGACUUGAUCGAGCACUUGUGGGAGAUGAAAGGCAAUCACAGUGGAUGA